AUGAGGGGUCUUGUACACACUAUACAAUUUGUUUUUGGGAUUCUUGGAAAUGUUGCCACUCUCUUUCUCUUUUUGGUACCCACGCAUACAUUCAAGAGGAUCAUCAAGAACAAAUCAACGGAACAAUUCUCUGGCAUACCUUAUGUUAUGGCAUUUUUGAACUGCUUAAUUAGUGCAUGGUAUGGUCUGCCAUUUGUAACAUCAAACAAUAUUCUGGUCGUAACAAUCAACGGGACUGGAGCUGCAAUUGAGUUAAUAUAUGUGCUUAUAUUUUUAUUAUAUGCGCCCAAUCAGCAAAAGAGAAAAAUCUUCGCAAUAUUUGUAUUAGUCGUCGUUGCUUUUGCUGCAGCUGCUGUUAUCUCAGUGCUUUUUUUUCAUGGAAAAAAUAGAAAGCUCUUUUGUGGCAUUGCUUCCACGGUUUUCUCUAUCGUUAUGUAUGCUGCUCCUCUGUCUAUUAUCAGACUAGUGAUCACGACCAAAAGCGUGGAGUACAUGCCAUUUCUCUUAUCAUUUGCCGCAAUCCUAUCUUGCACUAGCUGGUUUAUCUAUGCCAUACUAGGAAUGGACCCAUAUAUUGGUAUUUCAACAGGUGUUGGGUUGACUUUAGGAAUAGUGCAAUUGGUCUUAUAUUUCAGUUACUGUGACAAGAGAAUUUUAAAUAAGAAGACAUUUGCUGUUGAAGAGUCUCAGAAGAAUAUGGACAAUGACGUUAAGCCGUAUUUACCAUGAUGAGUCAAUACAUGAAUGUCCAUAUGUGAAAGUCUAGACAAGUUAAAACGGAGGACCAAGUUCAUGGCAACUCAAAAAUUGAUGAUUUUUGUUCAGAAACAGUUUAUUUAGAUCUAUUAUAUUGGCAUUUUCAUGUGCGUAGACAGUAUUGUAAGAGCAUAAAAGCAUAAUCUUCUGCUUUACGUAUUUGUUGUUG